GCAUCCCGUUUCCGUGGCAACGAGCACGUCCGCGCCUUCACAUUGCCUGUAAGAUUACAAACACAAUGAUUCGUGAUGUCAUCAACCUCUUGUCACACACCUUCAAGAAAGCACAAGUCCACUGCUGUAGUCCCUGCUGUUGCUCAAUCGCUCCUGAUAACACCUUUACCUGCCCAUGGGCGGCAUGAUAUAAAGUCUUGAGAAAGGACACCCAGCAUAUCUCUUCUUCAUUUCCAACAUCCACACGUACUAGAUCCCAGCAGCGAGCAGUCAUGCCAUCUGAGCUAGAACACGCCAUGGAGUCCCUCAUCAUGGUGUUUCAUCGAUAUGCUGGCAAAGAGGGUUCCCCCGGCACCCUGAGCCGCCGCGAGCUCCGAAAUCUGAUGGAGAGCGAGCUUUCUGGGUUUCUAAAGUCUCAGAAGGACCCGACCGUAGUAGACAGACUAAUGAAGGAUCUAGAUGCCAAUAGGGAUGGCGAGGUGAACUUUGAGGAGUUUGUGUCAUUGAUUUUAGGUUUAUCUAUUGCCUGCGAAGAAUCCUACAGGAUGCGAUUAAGGAAGACACAAAGCUGGAAAUGAAUAUACAUUUGAACAAAUCGAUGUUGAUCUUUUCAUCUAUUAAAAUAUAUAUUAAUAUACA